AUGGCAGCAAUAGCGAGAGCUAUUGAACAACUUACCGCUUUCUUGACCGAGCAAACGGAAAGAGCUAGGAAUGGAGGAGGACACCAACCAGUAGAAGAAGAUAUCUACCACGGAUUGGACAAGUUUCUGAAGCGAGAUCCACCAAAGUUUGAAGGGGGUUACAACCCCGAUGGAGCAUAUGAGUGGAUCCGAGAAUUAGAAAGGAUUUUUGAGACGUUGGUAUGUGCUGACCCACGUAAGUUUGCUUUUGCUAGUUAUUUACUUUCAGGAGAAGCUAGGACGUGGUGGACUGGAGUAAGAGGGAGAAUUACUCCAGCGGACGGAGCCAUAACCUGGGAGAUCUUAAAGAAUGCAUUUCUGGAAAAGAACUUCCCAGCGAACGCGAGGGGAAGGAAAGAGAUGGAAUUCUUGGAGUUAAAGAAAGGUAUGAUGUUAGUAGGAGAGUAUGCAGCUAAGUUUGAAGAACUGUGUCGGUUCCACCCACAUUAUAGUGCGGCGGCUGAUGAGACCUCAAAGUAUGUUAAGUUUGAAUAUGGACUGAGGCCAGACAUCAGGACUGCUGUGGGACAUGACCAGAUUCAAAACUUUGCUACUCUGGUAGAGAAGUGUAGGAUUUUUGAGGAAAAUGAGAAAUCCAGGAAGGAGUACCUGAAGGGACAAGGUGUUAGUAAGGCACCAAAGAAGAAGGACGAAAGAAGGAAGCCAUACUUUAGACCGCCAGAGCAAGGGAGAAAUCAGUUCGGAAGUCGAACAGGGGGAUUUGGAUUCCACAACAGAACAAGCGGAUUCAAUCCUAACAAUCCAUUCUGCGUGAGGUGCUGA